GACUUGAUCCCCGGUGGCCUUAUGGUUAAAUCAUCACAGUGCUACCCGACUUCGGUGUACCCUUGGCGGGCUUAUGAUGAGAUAUGCCAUGCUCAAGUGUGAGCUAAUCAAGAAGAUUGUAUCAUGAGAGCAUUGCACUUGUCAUUCCCAUUGUUUAUACAUAGCGGGGGAAAUGUCCAGCCACCCCAUCGUCACGCGGGUUCUGGCCGUCCCGAGCAUGUUUUCUUCCAUCCACUCCUAGACAUCUAGAAUUGAAUCAGCCUGUCCAGCCCUACUGAAGUCAGUGGCAAAACCAGCAAACAGCAAAGAUCUCGGGAGUCUGGAACCGUGGUCUUCUUGACGAUGCCUGUCGUGAACGGCGUGAUCACCGUUCUUCAGCCCCCCGAUGGCUAUGUCGUUGAUUUCGAUAACCCACAGCGACAAGCUGUGCCCGAAGUCUACUAUGUCGCCGGUUUUGGAACGUUCCUCAGUCUCUUGCUCAUGGCGCAGCGUCUGUACACAAAGGCCUUCCUUGUCGGUCGGUUGCAGUGGGACGAUGUUUGUCUUCUCUUAGCCUGGCUUACAUCGAUUGCUACAAUUGCACUGUGUGUUCAUAUGUUUGCGACGGGAUCUGGCGGUGCCCAUGGCUGGGAGAUCCCGGUUGAAAAGUUCAACAUCUUUAUGAUGGAUGUCUACCUUGCCGCCGCCAUCUACACUCUGUGCGGGAGUUUCGCCAAAGUCUCACUUCUCAUAUUCUACUUCCGGCUGUCGCCUCAGCGGUGGUUCAAACAGGCAGUGUGGGCUUCGCUCGCCAUUAUUGCCGCGUACAGCGUCGGCAUAUUCUUCGCCCUCGUCUUCGCAUGCGAUCCCAUCGCGAUGAGUUGGGAUAUCACAAUCACGGAGGGAACCUGUAUCAACCGACCGUCGCUCUACAUCGCCACCGCCGCCGCCAACAUCAUCUCAGACCUGAUACUAUUCGCGCUUCCGAUCCCGAUCGUGGUAAAGUUGCAGAUUCCGCGCCGGCAGAAAAUUGGCCUAUUCUUCAUCUUUGCAGUUGGAUCACUGACCGUCGUCACUUCCAUCAUCCGCGUGUCUCUGCUUCCAGCCAUGCUCACUAGCACGGACCAGAGUUGGGUUAUUUCCUGGGCCAGUUUGUGGAUCAUUGUCGAAGCAAACCUGAUUGUCAUCUGCGCCGCCCUCCCGACCCUUCGUAAGUUCUUCAGGCACGUCGCGCCCAAGAUCAUAGGCGAGAGCACAUACGGAAAGGGAACCAAAACAAUGGGCGGCAACGGAAGCAAAACCGUUUCUCGAUUGACGAUAGGCGGCACAAACGGAACGCGCAAUCGUGCCGAGUACUCGCAGUUCGACCUCGACAACAGCGCCGAGACGUUCGCCAUGGCCAGCGUAGCAACCCCCAGCAAACAAGGUGCAGUCAGUACCGGUGUUUGUGAAGGCGAUACCACAUGGGAUGACGACUCGUCUGAGAAGACCAUCAUUCGUGGCAAGAAUAUCGUUCAAACCAAGACGGUCACUGUGGAGUACACUGCCAAGAAAUGACACUACGAUAGCCAGGAACAGGGUAUAAAGGCCGGACAAGGG